AGCAGUGGUCGCAGCUGUGUGUGAAGCUGUGUUUGUUUCGGUUGGUUGUUUGAGAUUGUCAGCGUCUGGGCCGUGGGUUGUGCUUCUUAACAAGGUGAUGGCUUCUGCUUGUUGGAGACAAAGGGUGCUUCCCUUUGUGUAAUCAUCAUCUGCCUGGUACUGUGAGUGUGCUUGUGCUUGUGCUUGUGGACAUGGAUAAAAAUAAAAUGGAAGGGAAGAGGACAACUAGAGCUGAGUCUAAAUCAAAGGCAUCUUCACCCACUAGUGCAACUGCCUUUUCAGCCACCGCCUCUCGUCGGCACCCUACUCUCCCGAGUCUGCGGGCUGAUGUGGACUACUCCAAAUACAAUCUGAAGAAGAUGAAGAAGCUCAGGCUUGUCACGGAGACAGAGUGGUUCCCACCUCAGAGACAUGAUCGUCGCCUGACAAGUAGCCGGUUCUGGACAGUUGUGCAGAAGGACUUGUACCUUGCUCUCAAGUCACAGGCCAGCGAUAUGAGGUGGAUCGAUUGGCCGUCAGUCAACCAGAGUGUUGGCGCAGAUGUUGAUGUUUGUGGAUACUUUGCAGCUACUCCGGGGCUUGACAAGCUGUUAGAGAGGCAGGACCUCAGCUGGGCUGACUCGCACAUUCGUCAGUUCUACGCCACACUAUGGAUUCACCCAGAUCGAUCGAGGAUCAAGUUCAUGUUUGGGAACCAACAGCGUGAGUUGUCCAGGGAUGAUUUCGCCGGGUGUCUUGGCCUGUCUUGCGGUGGUGCCCGAGUGCACACCUUGGCAUACCCCAAUGGAAACAGUGAUGAAGUUCACUUGCCACCUGUAGAAGACAUUCGCCACCUUUACAUCAAUCCUGAUGCCGUGAUGGAGUUCUGGAAGGAUCAAAAUCAGUUGAACCAUGAAACAGCUGUUGUAAACACAGUUGUGAGGAUGUCGAUCCGUCCUAGAGUUGGAGGCCGUGAGUCCCUAACUACAGUUGAGAUUUGGCUUCUGCACUUGUUGAGGUCAGCACAGCCUGUAGACAUAGUAGAUUUGAUGAUUGGAGAGAUGCAGGACACCAUUCUGACAAUCAGACGUCGGCUGCCCUACGCCCCGUAUCUCAUUCGCUUGUUUGACAAGAAAGGGUGGCUUGAGGAUGGCAUGAAAAGGGCUUUCGAUCAGCACCUCAAGCCAUACAAAGCUCCGAGGCCCGAUGACAAGAGGAGGAUCAAGAAUAGGGAAAAUCAGCAUGACAAGUCGUACAAGGCUCUGAAGCCCGAUGACAACAGGAGGCUCGGGACCAGGUCACUUCCAGCCCAGAUGGAAGCUGGAUUUGAUGAUGAUGAGCAUGUAGAGUUGGACCAAACACUUAUCCCGAGCAUACAGGAGCAAGCUCUUGGGGACACCACUAAUGGGGAAGCUGACACAGAUCCUGGCCAUAUAGCGCCACCCCCAGUGGCGGAGGACGAAAUGUUUUUAAGGUGGGGCGAACUCUAA